GCUACAGGCACAUGUCGUUUCUCAUAAUUCAAUAGCUCUCAAUAAUCCAAUACUUUUAGAGAACUUGCAAAUGCUUCACGUUGAAAUAAUAACUGAACAUGUUUAUAGAUUCGUUAUUAAAUGGUUUAUGAAAAAGCAAAAAUGUACAGCUGUCAAUCUAGCUAUUUGUGGAAUGAGGAAGAGCGACAGGGGUUGACCGAUUCCGCCUGUAGCAUUUGCGUGGACCAUCCUGUUUCGCAGGACUCGAGUUGACAGAUGAUGAUCUCGAAGAAAUCAGACAAAUCUCCCGCUGAAACGAUUAUUUUCCUACUGUAGCAAAUUGGCUCAAAUUAAGAUCCUACAACUGUAUGAGUGCCCGGCAGCUGGUCCUGAGGCAGAGAGCGGAGCUGCUGCAUGCCCUGUGCUGUGGUGGCUCUUCUGAGGGUCUGGACAGUGUAUUGGACAUACUCCUGUCCUGGGGCAUGCUGUUCUGGGAGGACUACCAGAAUGUACGGGUACCAGGCCGGGCUUUGUGUGCCAACACCAGGGAGCUACUAGAUCUGGUGUACACCAAGGGAGAUGAAGCCUGUCGGCUGCUCCUGGCUGCUUUCAAACAGGUCCUCCCUGAGGCCCAAAGAGCUGGCCUCUCUUUUGGAAACGGUUGUACUGCGGAUCUAGAUGAUACAAGAGAAGAUACAAAAGAACUCCAUGGUACAGCUAUCCAGACCCUCCAGACAGACAGGCCUGGUCUGGUGAGGAAGCUAAGGGACCGUAUUGAAGGAGCUCUGGAGGUCCUGCUGGAUACUGGCAGCUUUACGCCAUCUGAUUGCGAUGAAGUGCAGCUACCUGUGUACACCCCCUCACAACAGGCAAGACGUCUACUGGACCAGGUCAGAUCGAAGGGGGAGCUUGCAGCAAAGGUCCUACUGCAAUACUUUCAGCAAACAGAGGACCAUCCUUCACCAUCUAACCAAGAGGCUCAUUUGUGUGCUGCUGCAGAGUGCUUGUCCUAUCAGAAGAAGCUGCGCAGCACUGUGUCGGCCCAGUCCCAUUUCCUCAGCACAUAUGGAGGAACCAGCAGUCUGUCUCUAGAAGACAUCUACACAGAGGGUCAGCUGGAGCUUGCCCAGGGUGGCAGUGAGGCCCAGCCCCAGACUGGUGCUCUGGGGCUGGAGGAUGUGGUGGGCCUGGUGGGCACCCUGAACCAGGAGGCUGACACCGUGCUAGUCUCCGGGGAGGCAGGCAGUGGGAAGAGCACCCUUCUCCAGAGGUUGCACCUCCUCUGGGCCAGGGGGGAGGCUCUACAUGACUUCUUCCUCCUCUUCCCCUUCAGCUGCCGCAGGCUGAGCUCGGAGCAGAGGGAGUUGUCUCUCAGAGAGCUGCUGUUCCUGCACUGCUGCUGGCCGGACGGGGACCAGGACCGAAUCUUCCAGUUCAUCCAGGACCAUCCGCACCUCAUCCUCUUCACCUUCGACGGCCUGGACGAGCUCAAGCAGAGCUUCUCGGACUCAGAGCAGAGGCACUGCUGCCCCACCCAGUGUGCCCCCAUCCCCACCCUGCUCUUCAACCUGCUGCAGGGAUCCCUCAUGAAGGGGGUGAGGAAGGUGGUGACCAGCCGGCCGGAGGCGGUGGGUCCCGCCCUGAAGAGGUACCUUCGCAAGGAAGUCCUCUUGAAAGGCUUCUCGCCUGGUGGGAUCGACUGCUUCGUGAGGAAGCAUCAUCGCGACCCGACUAUGGCCACGGCAGUCCUGGAGUCUCUACAAAGCAACACAGCUCUACUGGGCCUGUGUCACAUCCCGGUUUUCUGCUGGAUUGUGUCCAAGUGUUAUAAGGAGCUGCUGGGCUUUGGAGAGGGAGACUGCAGUCCCCAGACCAUCACAGAUGUUUACCUCAUGAUCCUGCAGCACUUCUUCCAGCGCCGGGCCUUUCAGAGGAAUCCCCUGGGGAUAGGCUGGGUGCAAGAGCACCAGGAUACGGCCCUGCAUCUGGGGAAGCUAGCCAUGGAGGGCCUGGGGGCCUCUUGUUACGUCUUCACAGGCACAGAGCUUCAGAAGUGUGGGGUGACCGAGGAAGAUAUCUGCAUGGGGUUCCUCCUCCAUAGUAAAGACCUCUCCUCCUCCACUAACUGCAAACACUAUGAGUUCCUGCACGUUACCAUGCAGUGCUUCUUUGCUGCUCUCUACAUUGUCCUGAACAAUAACUCGGACCGCUCCACCAUCCCUAAGCUCUUUCUGCCCCAGGACAGGCAGCAACAGCCAGGCUUACGCAGGGCUUGUCUGGGGCACUGCUUGACCCAGCAAAAAGGGGCCUUGAAGGUGGCCGCUACGGCAGCAGAGACCCCCAACCUCCAGAUAACAGCCACCUUUGUGUCUGGGCUCUUGUCUCAUCGCCACCGUAGCCUGCUGCUCCUCUCCUGCCCUGGGCCCACUCUGGACAGGAAGUCCAAGCAGGUGUUGACGUGCCUGUCCAAAGGCAUGCAGAAGCACUUUAAAUCCAUCCCUCGGCCCGUGGAGGGGGAGAAGAAAAGCAUGCACGCCAUGCCAGGCUUCGUGUGGCUCAUCAAGUGCAUCCAUGAGAUGCAGGACAGCAGGAUCGCCAGAGACACUAUGGCUAAGCUAGAGGUAGAACACCUGAAGCUGACCUAUUGUAACAUAGGCCCUGUGGAGUGUACUGCACUGGCCUACGUGCUCCAACACCUUAGGAACCCUGUGGGGCUUCAGCUAGACUACAACUACGUAGGAGAUGUUGGGGUGGAGCAGCUGCUGCCUUGCCUGCAUGUCUGCCACUCUCUAUACCUGAGACACAAUAACAUAUCAGAUGAGGGAAUCCGUAAAUUGAUUGAAAAAGGCAUCCAGUGUGAGCGCUUUCAGAAGAUUGCGCUCUUCAACAACAAGCUAACUGAUGCCUGCACAGAGUACUUCGCUCACCUCCUGAAGAUGAAGCAGAAUUUUCUCUCUCUAAGGCUGGGAAACAAUAACAUCACAGCAGCAGGGGCAGGGCAACUGGCGGAGGGACUGAGGUUCAAUCGGUCACUACAGUUCUUGGGGCUUUGGGGAAAUAAAAUAGGUGAUAAAGGUGCGGAGGCCAUUGCCAAUGCUCUAAAGGACAGCCAAACCUUGGUGUGGCUCAGCCUGGUAGACAAUGGUGUUGGCAGUGCAGGAGCAUGUGCCCUUGCCCCACUCAUCAAGAACAGUACGCUAGAGGAGCUGUGGUUAACCAAAAACUGCAUCACAAGAUCAGGUGUGGAGUGUCUAAUACUGGCUCUUGAAAGCAACACUAGUGUGAAGGCAGUGUGGUUGAGAGGUAAUGAGCUCAGCCCAGAAGAGGUGGAGGAGAUGACACAGCGAGAACCCCGGCUUACAUUCUGAUGAUGCCAAAAGUGCGGCUCAACUAUACUGGAGUAUUAUUGUUUAUAGCCAUGUCUGUUUGUAAUGUAUGUAACUUCUUUAGUAGCAUUUCCCCUAAAAUGGUAGUUGUGUUAUUUAUAGGUUAUUAUAUGUUUUACAGACAUUAUGGGUCAUGUUGGAUGUGAUGUUCUCUAUGAUGUAAACCGUGUGGGCAAGCUUGUUUUAUCCAUUCACAAUACGUAGCAACUUCUGACCUGCUCUGCUACUACAAGCAGCUUGUUUGGUAGCACUAUUUUCAUAUUAGUCAUUGUGAUAAGUGACACCAUGCUAUAUGCUACGGAACUGGUCUGACACUUGUUUUAUGUAAGUACCAUUGUGUGUGAGCUUAUUGUUUCCGGCUAAUCUAUCAAAUAACAGUCAGGUAUUGGAACUGGUACAUCAGCAUUCUUAUGUACCCUACCCUAUUUUAAACUGACUGGCAGUGCCAGUAAGUUUGAUGACACGGGUUGAUUCAGCGGUGACAUGACUCUUAUUUUAUCAGUGAAUCACUAACAGUGAUUACAUUAGUCCUAUUGUGUCAGUGAUCUACGGUGGGGAUAGAAGGUCUUUUUACAUUAUGUCACCUUGCCUAUUGAGAAAUGUUAAUGUAGGCUAUUACAUUUUAAAGAUGCACUAUGCAGAAACCGCCAUUUGCUGGUUGCUAAAAUUCUAAUAGUUCGCUUAAUUUCAGUUUAUGUGACGAAACAAGCAAGUAUAGUGAAGAGAAUCCCCAAAAGUUACAUGUUGCAGCUUUAAUUGAAGUAAAACAGCAAUUCAGUGUACUAUUAAUUAAAUAUAAUUUCUCCAAAAUAUAA